UAAGGAAGCAAAGCACCAUUAUUGUUUCUUUCAGUUCUCAGCAUAAAAGGAAGUAACACUUAAUAAAAGCCAUUGGCUGGAAGAUUUCAUAAGAGAGAGAGGCAGAGAGAGAAGGAGCAGCAUGCUGUGGGGAAGCAGGUGUGAUUCAUGAAUAAACUGCUCUUUGCCACCCUGUAGGAUACUGAUGAAACAGACAGAAUCUCCCCAGACAUGGAUAAUACAAGAACAGCAGAUGCUUUCUCACAGUUAAGCCAGGAAAAAAUCCUCAAAAUUAUGAACAUGGUGAAAAAUAAAGAAGUGAGCAUCGAAGGAGCUCUGCAUUUGGCACAGAAGGAGGUGUGUGCUGAAAAGGAUCCACAGGAUUCAUUAACUGGGUCCCAAUUUAACUUCAUUAUCUACAAAUACAAACACUACCGGUGGCAGAAAAGGAUUUUGCAGCUUGAUUUCAACACCAGGACCAUUUUUAACAUCGAGAAAGGCACUAUUAAGAAGCAGUUCCCUUUCUCCCAAGUCAAAGGCUGCGAGGAUGCUGAGAGGAGGCGCUUCAGCAUCGUGUUCCACGGGAGGCAGGACUACGAGCUGGAGGCUGUGUCCCUUGAUGACAAAAGGAAGAUAAUCUACCUGCUGAGCAGAGUUAUACAGAGCAAUUCUUCCAAGAGCCCAGGGGAGUCCUGCCCUGGGAGAGCUGCAGAGUGUGAUGUGAUCCACGAAGGGCUGCUGGAUUGGCAGCAGAGCACUUUAACCUCCACUGAAUGGGUGAAGUGCCUGGCACAGCUGCGGGAAGGAGAGCUGGCUCUGUACAGCCUGGGGCUGGGGACAGCCACAGCCACCAUCCCUCUGGCAGCUGGGGACGUGGGGAUCAGCAGGGACAGGGGCUGCAGCUCCUUCUCCCUGCACACCAGAGACCAGCAGUACCUGUUCCGGCUGCCCCGCAGCGAGCAGAGCGGGGCAGGGGCUGCGGGCAGGCUGCAGCAGUGGCUCUGUGCCCUGCAGAGGCACUGCCAGCCCGGCAGCGCUGCCCCCCUGCCCCUGCAGCCAGCUCCAGCCGGCAGCUGCCCCGAGGCUGACUACGAGGAGUUCCCUGUGCAGGGAGAGGAGAGUGCCCACCCUGCUGGGGAUCCCGCAGGGAGCGGCCCCAGCCGGGCUCCAUCGCCCCCGGCACAGCCUGCAGCCCCAGCAGCGUCCCUGCCACCACCAGCCCCUCCUGCCCUCCCGCAGCCCUGCAGCCUCUCUCCAGCAGCAAAGAGAACCAAAGCCUUCCACUGGGAUGUCGUUCCGUGUGACAAGAUUCAGAAAUCUGUCUGGGGAUCGUGUGAUCCGUGCAAGAGAAAAAUAGAUGUGUGCAGGCUCUGUGAGCAGUUCCAGAUCCAGGACACAGCAGUGGCUCUGGGCAGUGAGCCUGCAGUGAAUCAGCACAUCCUGCUGGACAGAAAGGUUGCACAUAACUUCAACAUUUUUCUUAAAAGUUUUCAUGUGAAACCAAGUGAGCUGAAGGACAAACUGCUCAUCAUCCACGAGGAGAGUGGGGGGCUCUCAGAUGAGCAGAUCACAGCACUCAGGAGAUACUUGCCCACAGCCAAGGAUGCAGAAAGGUACCUGUCCUUCAAGGGCUCCUGCUCAGAGCUGCACGUGGUUGACCAGUUCAUGUUGGAGAUGUGUAAAAUCCCUCAGCUGGGCCAGAGGCUGGAUCUGCUGCUCAGCGUCCGUGAGCUCCCCGAGAGCAUCAGAGACCUGGAGCCUCUGAUCACCCAGAAUAUCCAGGCAAGCAAGCAGCUGCAAGCCAGCCCGAGGUUUGUGGCAGUCCUGGAGUACAUCCUGGCCAUGGGGAACCACCUGAACCACGGGGCUGGGAAGGAGGUGGCUAAAGGGUUCCGGCUCUCUUCUCUGGCCAAGCUGCCUCUGCUGAGGGGCAGGGAGAGGAGGUUCACCCUGCUGCACGCCCUGGUGGAGCAGAUCCUCUCGCACCAGCCCGAGCUGGCCGCCUUUCCCCAGGAGCUGACAGAGUUUGAAGCUGUUCCUGAUGCGUCCAUGAAGGGCCUCAGUGCUGAAGUUGAUGUUUUAAAAAAAGAAUUGGAGAACCUUAUCCAGUGCAGGAGGCUCCUUAAACCCAGAGCAAGCAAGGCAACACCCCAGGAGUCCCAGUUCUGCAGGGAGCUGAAGGAUUUAAUUCAGAAAUAUGAAGGGGAACUCUCCCAGCUGUCAAAAAGAUGUGAGGAAAUGAAGAAGCUUUAUAGCAAUGUACUGGUGAGGUUUGGGGAGCCAGCAGACCUGGACUCCCAGGAGCUCUUUGGGUGGAUCUCUGCCUUCAUCAGUGAGUUCAGGAAGGCACAUGCUGAAGUCACACAAAUUUCGUGGAGAGAUGAAGCAAAGAUCAAUGCAGGAAACAAAUUUUAAUUAUUUUUUUCUUCACUGAUAAGCAGUGCAUUGCCAGUCUCACCUGUGCAGCAGAACACUUUGAUUUUGAGAGAAAUUCCAUUUAUAAUGUGUAAUUUUAAGUGUUAUUUAACCCAGAUCUCUUAUGAGCUUCUCAAUUUUGUGCUUUCCUACCUUGAGAUUCCCAUAUAUUGAGAAAAAAAACCUCCUGACCUUUCAUAAUUUCUCUUUACAAUCUUUUCCUUUGAAUGCCCCAGCUCCUGAGCCAGUUUUAAUUAUUAUUUUCAAUCAGUAACUUUCUGUGUGGUGAUCUAAUUUCUAAAUACUUCACACAUUUUAUAAUAAAAUGGAAAGCUGUUACCCACAGGGGAGAAUAUUUAAAUAAAUCCUUGUUUAUUUUGCUAUUAAAACAUUGCAAACUUAGUAUGUAAUGAAGAAAGUUUUUGGCUGAGUGUUUUAUUUUGCCCUAAAUAGGACAAAAAAAUGGCAUUUUUUAUGUCUAAUUGAAUGUAUUUGCUAUAAAUGGUACAGAAAUUAAUCAAUAUCUAAGAUUUGAAUUAGCAGGAAGAGAAAAAUGUCAGAGCAGCAAAAUAAAAAGGUGUCAUGAAGCAUCUAAGGAAUGGAUAUGGGAGGGAAAAUUUAUGAGAAAAUUUUCUGUUGUGUUUGUUGAUUUUUACAUCUUUUUAAUCAGAAUAAUUAAAUGGAGCUCAGUGUAUGGGAGGAAAUUCAGGAUUUCAGGGAUGAUCACCAGGAGUGCAGGGAGCCUUGGAAAAUGGGAAAAAUUGCCUGGAAAAUGGGGGUGGAAGAUUUUUUUCCCAUUUCUGAACCAAUAAAUUGUGUCUUGUUAGGACACUGCUCCCAGUUAACCCUCUCAGAGGCAAAAGGGAUGAAACAGAAGCAGAAUUAGCACCCCUGAGACUUAUUUUAUAUAGAAAUACUUGCAGAAGCAGUUCAAGUAUUUAAUUUUACAGGAAAUUGGCUGUGCUUGCCUUGAGCC